GGGAGUUUCCCCUCAGCGCGGGCAGGUGGGGCCGCUCCGCCGCCCGCCCCGCCUCAGCCCCGCGGGGCAGCGCGGGCAGCUCACGGCUCGGCCGCUGCCCCUCGCCGGCAGCCGCCGCCAGCAGCAACAGGUCCGUGCCCGCUCCUCCCUCCGCCUGCCAGGCGAACAAAGGGGCCGAGUGCGGCCCCGCGCCCGCCCGGCCCCUCCGCCAGCCCGGCCCCUGCGCUUCAGCCAUUUGCCUCGCCUGGCACCGCGGCGCCGCUCGCCGCCGCCUCCCGCUCCGCCGCCUGGGCCGGGCGGCGCGGCCGCUGCGCUGCGGGAGCUGCCCCGGAGCGGCGCGGGGCUCGUCGGCCGAAAGGUGAGCGGGGAGGCAGCGCGACGGGAGCGGGGAGGGCUGCUGCUGGUGUCUGCCGAUAUCUGCGGAUCAGGACCAAUUGAUUGGCAAUGCUGCACCCUUUUCUUCAUCCUAAAGUGCUCCUUGGAUGCUAACUGGCAGUUUUGGCUUCAGAAGGAUUACAAGACUGGGGGGAAUGCAUGAGGAACACUGAUAUGAAGAGAACUUCCUGAAGGUCAUGCCAGUGAAAUUUGGCUAGUGGGGAAUCGCCUUCCAGAAUAGACUGCUGCGGCCUCAACCUUCCGCUGAAGCAGUUGCACAAGGUGAUGGCCGCGCUCCGCACGGACCAGGCGCGCCGCCGGCGCAGGUAGCGCGGCUCCAUGGAGGGCAGCGGCGCGGCCCCGGAGGAGGAGGAGAGCGGGGCCGCGAACGGCGCUCCCCCCCCGCCGCCGCCGCCCACGCCGGCCGCCCCCUGCGGCUUCAGCUCCUCCCUCUGCUUCAGCGCCGCCGCCGCCGAGUCGCAGCCGCCCGCGGCCGGCGGCCGAGUAGUGCAGAACCAGUGGGAGAUCAACAACGCCGCCUGCCAGCCGGAGGAGGAGGAUGAGGAGGUGGUGGGGCCGCGGGACCGGCCGCCGGAGGAGCCCGACCUGGUGAUCGAGGUGUCGGGCCGCCGUAUUCGGGCGCACAAGUCGGUGCUGGCGGCCAAGAGUGACUAUUUUCGUGCCCGCGCCUCACGGGACGUCCUGCGGGUGAAGGGGGUGAGCUACGGGGCGCUGCGGCUGCUCAUCGACUACGUGUACACGGCCCGCAUGGGCGAGGUGCGGCACGACAACCUGGCCGAGGUGGUGAGCGGCGCCCGCGUCCUGCAGAUGCCCUGUGCCCUGCACUGUGCCGCCGAGGCCAUGCGCGCCCAGCUCUGCCUCGGCAACUGCUACCAGCUCCUCUGCCUGGCCAAGAAGCAGCGGCUGGCCGAGCUGCGGGAGGCUGCCUAUCGCUUCAUGAGCGACCAUUACCUGGAGGUGCUGCGGGAGCCCAGCGUUUACGGGCGCCUCAGUGGCGCUGAGCGGGACCUCAUCCUGCAGCAGCGCAUGGACGCCGGCCGGCCCUGCUUGCUGGUGGCCGAGGUCAGCGACGCCUUCGAGCGGCCGGGUGGUGGCAGCCGGCCACAGAGCCGCGAGAGCAGUCGGCCACAGAGUCCCUCCUCCGUGGUGUCGCUGGAGGAGAGCGGCUCCCUCAUUCACUAUUACCAGGAGGGCAGCGGUGAGUGGAGGGUGCUGACGCGCCUGCCCGAGGAGGCCAACGCCAAGGGCUGUGCCAUGUGUGUCCUCCACAACUACCUCUUCCUUGCAGGGGGCAUCGUGACGGGGCCGGUGGGCACUGAGCCCAGGGCCCGCCUUUCCGACAAGGUCUUCUGCUACAACCCCCUGACUGACACCUGGAGCCAGGUGCGGCCGCUGGCUCAGCCCCGCUCGCAGCUCAAGCUGCUGGCCCUGGAUGGUUACCUCUAUGCUGUGGGGGGCGAGUGCCUCUUCACUGUGGAAAGAUAUGACCCGCGGGCCGACCGCUGGAGCCCCGUGGCACCUCUGCCCAAGGGUGCCUUUGCUGUGGCCCACGAGGCCACCACUUGCAACGGGGAGAUCUAUGUGUCAGGAGGCUCCCUCUUCUACCGCCUGCUCAAAUACGACCCCAAGCGCGACGAGUGGCAGGAGUGCCCUUACAACAGCAGCCGGCGGCGCUCUGCUGACAUGGUGGCCUUCAAGAGCUUCAUCUACCGCUUUGAUGUGAGCAGCGGCCGCGGCGGGGAGCAGGGCCCAGGCACGGGCGGCGGCGUUGAGGUUUUCCGGUACAACACGGUGGCCAAGUGCUGGAGCCAGUGCGCCAGCCUGCGGCCCAGCGGCGGCCCCGUGCAGCCCUUCCGCUGCGCCCCCUUGGGCAACACCAUCUACUGCGUCAACCGGACCGGCACCCUCCGCUUCAGCCUAGCCCAGGACGGCGAGGUGGAAGCAGAUGGUGGGCUCAAGGGCACCUUUGAUGGGGAGCUUCUUAAAGCUCCCUUGGAUGCCAAGGGUGUCCUCCUACCCUUCGUGCUUACCCUGCCUGAGAGGCUGGACAAAACAGGGGACCAGGAGGGCUCCCUCCCACUGUAAGGUGGCCAGCCUGGCUCUGGCCUCCUGAGAGGGGAGCUGGGUUGCAGAUCCACAAACUCCCAUCUACGCAGGGGACCUUCUCUGUUGUGUCUGCAGAGAAAAGGGACUUCCCCUUUCCUCCUCUCUGCUCUCAAGAUGUUGAGUUGGUUUUAACUCAGCUGUAACUCUUCUCAUGUUUGCUGGGCUUUGUGUCAAAAGCCAAGCACACAAAAGUAAAAGCUGCUAUAAAGGAUAAUCUCUGGAUUAUGUUUGUGCCAAUCCCCAGUCUGAGAAAAACGUUUUUAAACCUGGAUUUCUAAAAUAUUCUUGACAACAGUGUCAUAAUGGGACGUUAGUGUUGGCUGUGUGUUUACACAUAGUUGCAAUCUGGGCUGGAGCCUUUUCUGUCGUUUGUGGUUUUUUUUCCCCUCUGGGAUGAUACUGAGGGAUAAACAUUGCUAGCGACAUAGUUUAACUGCAUUAAACCAACUACUUCCUGUGUUUAAAAAGUAUAGGAAGAACAUCUCCAUCACAGCCUUUCAUUUCUGGUGCAAUAGAUGGUUUAAGGAAGUUGUGGCACUGUAUUAGUCCCAGGAAUUUCAACCACAGAUGAGGUUGAUGAGAUACCAAACUAAUGUUUUAAGUAACACAAAUGUGAGCCACAUGUUUUACUUGGAAUGCUAAGAAAAAGGAAAAAAAAAAGUCAAGUUACCGUUCUAUAAUGUGGCAUUUUAUGGUAGAUAUGAAAUGUUGAUAUGUUCUUUAAUUGAAAAAGGCAAUGUUUUCUGUAUGAAAAGAUACUGUUUUAUUACUUUUCUUGAUCAGAGAUUUUGAAUUAGAAAUGAACUGAAGCUGUUCAAAUUGCAACCAAUUGACAUGACCUAGAGCUGGGGAAAAACUUUGUACUUCAUAUGCUUUUUAAUUAACUGCAGGUCAAGGAAGGUUAACCUAAACCAACCUGUGGCAAAAGGCCUUUCCCACUUAUUUUCAAGACCAUCAAAAGGGGACAUGGAAAAUAGGAAUGUGCUACACAUACUAUAUUGUGCACUAGCAUGAUGUUACUUCCCUGUCUUUUGAGAGACUGCUUUAUUUAUUUUGAACUAAUGAUUGCUGUAAUCAAUAAGUCCUUGUUAAUUGCAGUACGUGCUGAUGGCAUAUGCUGUCAUUGUGAUUCUAAACUGCCCAAGAGUGCUGUUUGUGGGGCAGCAUCCAAAUGAGGCAAAACCAUACAAAACUUCUUCCUGCCUGUGGAAAGUUGGAGCACACUUUUUGUCAUGUUACUCAGAGCUGGAAAACAUGAAAUGUCUACACAGGCAGACUGUAUUGAAAAGGGCACAUGCGUUUAUUUUAUACAUUUUAUAUUUUAAAAAAAUCAGUAGGCAAGGCAAAUGUUUUAGCUUUAUGGUAAAUCACUGAGAAACCUUUUCUGAAAAAAGAACCUGUGUUUUUGCUGGUACAAUGCUGAACAUUCAGCAUGGAACUCACAUGGACUGUGGAAGAGAAUUGUUUAUACUCGAAGCUCUAGUAUAGAUUCAUAUUCUAGAAAGACAUAGGGACCUUGCAUCAAAAAAAAGCAGAUAUUUUUAUGUUUUAUUAAGAUGUUUUUGUUAAACAGGACUUUAGCAUUCUUACACAUAAUUGCUAGUUCCAAAGGAAGGCAGCAGGCUCUGUCCUAUGAAACACCAUCAGUACAAAAGAGAAUAGUGAACUUCAUAGAUACUUCUUUCUUUCUCUUUAUUGUUUGGUGGUUGUUUUUUUGUUUUGUUUUUUGGUUUUUUUUUUUUUCUCUUCUCAUUGCUGUUGCACAGGGUUUUAAUGCAGCUGAUCUGGUUAGUCAUUCUAUAGAAAACAGUGGUCCAGUCCUAAAGGUUCUUAGCCAAGUGAGCCUGUUCCCUAGUGAGCUAAUUAAAGCAUCAGCCAGGCAGGAGCUGUAGGCCUGCAGAGUGUGACAUUUAUCUUAGCCUCAGUACAGGUUGGUGCAGUGGAAUUUAACAUCUUUCACAGAAUAUUUGAUUUAAUUCUCAGAUGAACAUCCUUGGAAAUAUUGACUCUAGAUUAAAUUACAGCGUUGUAGUUUGAGCAGGAAAGAAAAAUUACAUGUUUGCUUUCAGCAUAAUUUUUAUGUUAACUGUAGAAAUUAUUUCAAGCUGUGUAAUGCAAAGCUGAGAUGCAUACUUAAACUAGAGAUGUAAGUGCUAGGCCAGAUUUUGAAAUAGUAGCAUCACCAGGAACACAAGGAAACGUCUGCUUUAUCUUGCAAUACAAGGCAAUUUCAUAGUUCAAAGACUUGUGUAGUAUAGUUCUUAUACUACAGUGUAGUGAGGUAUCAAGCCAGGUUUUGCAUUCCUGUUAAUUAAGCAUUUUCAUUCUGCUAAUCCAUGAAAAUGCUUCUAAAUGAGUUUUGGGAAGUUUCCAUGGUUUAAGAUGUGACAAUAAUCCACAAACUUUUGGGAUAGAAAGAACCAUAUCCUUUCUUCCAGUAUUAAUUGCUGUACACUAUUAAGAAAUACAUUUCUACAGUAAUAAGUGUUCAAGAAACCUGAAGUGGUUUGUGUUUUUGCUAGCUCCUAUUUUUUAAAAAAAGUUGAAUCAAGUGCUUACCUGCUUUCACUGUGUACACAGUGUCAGUGGGGAGAGUCUGGGCUUCAUUAGUAGCUGUCUAUCAAAUCUGUUUCCUUUGUACACUGCGUAGUCACAGCCUGAUGAUUAACAACAGAGGCAUGUUUCUAGCCAGAUUUCCUUCCCUGUGGCCUCUGUUUCCUCCCUGGUAGGCCUGAGGCAGGUUUGCUGAGAAUUGUUUUCUCCCCCAAUUCUGUCUUCACAAAGAAACCUCCUCCCGCCUGCCCCCAAACUUGGGUACUAAAACCAUAACUUAGUCUUCAGGCAUUUAAAGACUGAAAUUGUCAUUCCAGAACCCUCUAGUUUUACUUAAACCUGGCACAACUGUCUCUUUGACAUGUGGAGCUGCUGAGCAGUUCCCCUCCACCCAUUUGGAACUGCUCAGAGCAGUUCCACACCUGCCUACCAAGUGGGAUACCCAGAAACCACUGAUGUAAUAGGGUUUAAUUUAGGUACAAACCGAAAGGCCAGGCCACCCUCAAGUUGUGUUUGCAUGUGUGUUUUGCUUUUAAAUCAGCCGUUUUCUCUAGAGAAGCCUGAACUGUACUGUGUUUGCAUAGGAACACGGAGACCUGUGUGUGCUUUCUUAGCCUCCAAGCAUUCAGUCCACAUCUCCCACCCUCUGGUUGGUUGUCGAUGGACUACAGGAACUCUUGGAGUUAGUCAAGGUAGUCAUCCUCACAGAGUGAUCUGAGACCAGUUAGACAGACAUAGUGUCUGCCCUGCUGUCUUUCUUCCCCCUGAAUCUUACAGUCCUCCCAUUUUAAUGGGACAUGCAGGAGAUGGUUGCCCUAAUUUUUCAGGGAGUAAUUUUUCGUCUCUACACUACUCCUGUUUUCAAGGUUGUCUUCUAGGGAAUUUAGGCUUGAAUUCUCAUAAGCUUAGUGAGGACUGAACUGGGCCUUGCAGUUCAUGUGUGUGUGUGUGUGUUCUCAAACCUUGAUGGCUGCUCAGGAGAGGUACAUGGAACCACAUCCUGUGGCUCUUCCUCAGGGGUGAGCUUCAUGCAAAUCCUCCAAAAGCUCACACACAGGCUCCUGUACAUUGAGUUCUGAGUAGAUUCCAGGCCUCACCUCCUGGAGGGGUACUUCAGCAUGGAUCUUGUAUGAGUUGAUACAAUCAGAUGUGUUUUCUUUGGAAAGCUUUUGCAGACAGGCUCUGUGUUUUGGGUUACCAGUCUGAGGUGAGUUCCUCUCUAUGCUGUACUGGGCAGCCAGACAGGUAAUUUGGAUUCUUCUCAGGGGUACCACCUUAGUAAAGAGGCAUUGCAGUCCCUAACAAUGAAAUGCCUAAAGCCUUCAUUGGACCUAAAACUAAAUUCCCAUUUCAAUAAAGAAAUGUGAUUAACAGAUGAAACUUUACUGUUUCUAUCUACUAACUGGUUCUGUAAAAUAGAGAUCUUAAUUGCAGCAAAAGCAUGUGUACAGAUUCUGUUUACACUUGAAACUAAGUCAAAAAAGUAAUUGGCAAAAGAAUAAUGCUCUUUGAUCAAAACUGGCACUGUUAAGCAACAUGGGGAGGAUGUUAGUCUUACCCUAGUAAUGGCUAAAAAUGUGCAGUUGCUGAUGUAAAUUCUAUCCACAGAAAGUUUCUUUGUAAAUCAAUACCUGGUAAAAUUUAAAGUGAUGAAAGAAUAAAUUACUCACAUGAAAGCCAUA